AAGCAAUGCAUAGCCGACUUGCGCGUGACCGAUCCUCGCCAUGAUAAGAGGCGCAUCGAGGGCAUGAAGGGCAGCCUUCUCAGGGACUCUUACUUAUGGGUGCUCGACAACCCGGACUUUCGCCAGUGGCGCAACAAUGACAAUCAGCGACUACUCUGGGUCAAGGGCGAUCCGGGCAAGGGCAAGACCAUGCUCCUUUGCGGAAUCAUCGACGAACUAGAGAGGAUGCGCACCGAGGGACAGACUCUAUCCUACUUUCUUUUCCAGGCCACAGACGAGCGCAUCAGUACCGCGAAGGCUGCCUUGCGCAGCUUGAUCUACAUGCUCCUCGAGAAGGACGCCUCCCUCAUUUCUCACAUGGAGAAGCCGCACGCAGCCGCCGGCAGAGACCUUUUCGAAGACACCAAUGGCUGGCAGGCGCUAUGUGAAAUCUUCGAGAACAUUCUCCAAGAUCCCAAACUUCAGGGAGUUGUCCUUGUGGUCGACGCUCUGGACGAGUGUUUGCAAGGUCUGCCAGUGUUUCUCGACCUGGUGGUCAGGACCUCGCAAAAUACCACAGCGAAAUGGCUCAUUUCAAGCCGCAAUUGGCCUCAGAUUGAGGAACCAUUAUGCAAAGUGGCGCACAGGCUUUCGCUUGAGGUUAAUGAAACUUCAGUUACAGAAGCCGUAAAUACAUACAUCGAGCACAAGGUGUCCGAGCUUGCACGACGCAAGGGUUACCGCGAUGACAUCGCCAGGGAAGUUUACCACUAUCUGUCGUCGAACGCAGAUGGCACGUUUCUCUGGGUUGCCUUGGUCUAUCAAGAACUCGAAACGACUUACUCCUGGAAUGUGUUACAGAAUGUCAAGUCUUUUCCUCUGGGGCUUGAUGCUCUAUAUCAACGAAUGAUAGAGCAAACACUCGCCUCAGAAGAUACUGAAUCCUGCAAGCAGGUUCUUGCACUCGUAGCAACGACCUAUCGCCCACCGUCGCUGUCUGAGUUGAUGACUCUGGUCGGAGAGUCCUUUCGCAUGAAAACCUAUCGCGAAAUGCUCGAGGGGAUCAUCAGCCUGUGCGGCUCGUUCCUCACAAUUCGUGAAGACAAGGUGUACUUUGUCCACCAGUCUGCAAAGGACUUCUUAAUGAAGUCUUAUCCGGUCGUUCUCUUUCCCAACGGACAGCCAUCAGUUCACAGCCAGAUUCUCGAGAACUCAAUCGAGGCUAUGUCUAGCAUACUGAAGCGCGAUAACUACAAUCUACGCUAUCCAGGCUUCCCAAUCGAGAAAGUCAAACCGCCGACGCCUGAUCCACUCUCGACAGUCGGGUACUGCUGCGUCUACUGGGUCAAUCAUUUGGUGGAUGCCAUUACGAAUCAGGAUGAAGGCAGAAAUUUACACGACGGUGAAAUAGCAGACAGCUUCUUGCGGACUAAGGCUCUCUACUGGAUUGAGGCGUUGAGUCUACUACGCGGCAUACCAGAUAGCAUUGUUGCAUUAGACGGACUCAAACAGCACAUUCAGGAUCAUCCGAGUGCUUCAGAUCUUCAGGCAAUAAUUGCUGACGUGUAUCGUCUUCUGCGAGGCUUCCGCCCGGCGCUUGAGACCCGACCACUGCAGUGUUAUGCAUCAGCAAUAGUUUUCAGUCCUGUUAAAAGUUUGGCACGAAAGCUCUUCCGCGGUGAGGCCCCAGAUUGGGUCAAGUGCAAACCGGAACUGUCAGAGCGGUGGAGCGCAUGCGAGGCGACACUCGAGGGCCAUACCGCCUCGGUCCUAUCGGCAGCUUUCUCUCCAGACGGCCGCCGCGUUGUCUCGGCAUCGGGCGAUAAGACAGUCAAGCUGUGGGAUGCGGCUACGGCCACUUACGAGGCGACACUCGAGGGCCAUACUAACAGGGUCUGGUCGGCAGCCUUCUCUCCAGACGGCCGCCGCGUUGUCUCGGCAUCGGAUGACAACACGGUCAAGCUGUGGGAUGCGGCUACGGCCACGUGCGAAGCGACACUCCAGGGCCAUACCGCCUCGGUCCGAUCGGCAGCCUUCUCCCCAGACGGCCGCCGCGUUGUCUCGGCAUCGUGGGAUAAGACAGUCAAGCUGUGGGAUGCGGCUACGGCCACGUGCGAGGCGACAUACGAA